GGCCUCUUCUUCUAUACCUUUUGAAUGUCCGUCGCAUUUUAGACGUUGCGGUGUGUCAUGUCCAUAAAUGAGUUCAAAGCGAAGUUCGAAAUAAGAGAAUAAGAAGGAAAACGAGAAGGGAUGGAAGCUAGUACUGCUGCCCUGAACUCGGGGGAUGAGAUUAGACCAUAUAGGAUACACGUUUCUUCAAAGUAUUUGGAGCUUACAAAGAAGAAGUUGGAGUUGACGAGACUUCCUCAUGAGGUUCUUUUGUCUAAAGAUAGGGAGUGGGAGUUUGGGACUCCGAAGGGCGUUGUGGAGCCAUUGAUUGAUUUUUGGCUUGAACACUACACCUGGCGCAACCGCGAAGAAACACUCAACACAAGCCUGCCACAAUUUCGAACAGCGAUCUCUCUGCCUCCUCCAAACCCACCACUAGAGAACGAAACAGCGAAACCAGCUCUCCGAAUCCACUUCAUCCAUCUCCAUUCCCCGCAUCCCAAUGCGGUCCCUCUCCUGCUAUUGCCGCCCUUCCCAUUAACAAAUCUCUCCCUCUCGACAUCACCCCUCUUCAACCAACUCACGAACCCCGAACACCCCACUAGCACACAAGCCUUCCACAUAAUCUGCCCGUCAAUCCCGGGGCUCGGAUUCAGCGAUGCCUUCACCAAGCCCUCUACUUCACAACUCGAACAAACAGCAUACCUAUUCAACACACUUAUGCUGAGACUAGGCUACGAGCACUACCUCUGUUCAUCGACCGGCUCCGGGAGACAAAGCCCUGCUGGCAUCGACUACCACUUGGCACGAACCCUGGGAGAAAAACACAAAGAGAAUUGCCUAGCAAUACACGUCGUAGAACCAUGUAUCUCCGCCCCAACAGCAACCAAAGACCCAUUAUCAUGGAUGAAAUUCAAUCUAGCGAAAUUCUUCCACGCCAAUAUCUGGGGGUACGAAGCCGCGGACUGGACUGCCUUACGGAGUUCCUCCCUUCGAGUCCGAAACAAUAGAAAGGGUGAGAGAAGACCACUCCUAAGUACUUCCUCAGGAGGCCCAGCAUACGGAGCAAUAACAACCCUCGGCUUGAGAGAACCAACGACAUUCUCAUACGCCCUGUGCGAUUCGCCCGUCGGCAUGCUCUCGCUGAUCUGCUCUGCACUGCAGAAGGCGAAUCCGGAGCAUAAACUUACGGAUACGCAGAUCGUGGAUAUCACGCAACUGGCGUGGCUUCCUGGUCCCGAGGCGGGGAUGAGGUUUUGGUCUGCUGCUGCUGCUGCUCAGCAAGUACCACUACUUGAAACAGGGGUUGGGCAAAAGAAAGCUAGGAUAGCGGUAACGGCAUUCAAUGCGGAUGGUUUGGAUGAAGAGAGUGGGUAUGUGUGCCCAGCGUGGAUCUCAUCGUCCCAUGAAUUGGUGUUCGCGCAACGAGUUCCUGGGAAAGCGAGAUUGACGAUUUGGGAACGGAGCGAGGUGCUGGUAGCUGGAAUCCGAAGGUUAGCGAGAGCUAUGGAUGCGCUUGAUGCGCGGUUUCGAGUAAGGCCGUUGGAUGAAGUGGUUGUUGCUCCGGAUGAUGGUGUUAUUGUUGAGGAGAGAGAGAUAGAGGAGGAGGAUGAGGAGGAGGGUCAUGGAAUGCAGAUGGAUGUUGAGAGUCCGGAUACGAUUGUUGCUGUCGAUAUGAGCUGAAAAGAGGGAGGGGUAAUGAGAUAUGAUUUAGCGGAGAUACCAGGAUGGCGUAAUGGUCUAGAGAGGUUGUUUCUCCUCACGUAUACGAUGUAUCGUACUUGACCUAGCUCUGAAUGAAAAUAGUUAUU